AUGAACAUUUUAAAAUGGCCAGCGAUAUUUGAAAUUGACCAUGAAACCCGCCGCAUCAAUCUCUCACAGCCUCCUGAUGGCACCUGCGGGUCAGCUUACAGAAAGGAUGCUUUCCAGCAGAUUGUGGACGAGGCCAUUGAUGAGGGCCGGUUUGCCACGCUAAACGGGUCACAUAGCGAGUAUUUUCUCAUCCCAGGGGCACAAGAACGCGUUGAGGUCGAGAGAUACGCAGCUCCUCUAUUCGGUAUUGCUUUCCGGGCCGUCCAUUGCACCGCAUUUGUGAGGACACCCAACCAAGGUCUUCUAAUAUGGGUUGCGCGUCGGAGCAGGUCAAUUUUUAUGUUCCCUGGCAUGCUAGACAGCACAUCCGCUGGUGGUAUCAAGUCCUACCGUACGCCGCUAGAAUCUAUACUUGACGAAUUAAUGGAGGAAGCUUCCCUGCCAAGAACCCUGGUUAGGUCCCGAAUCCAAAGCGUUGGCGUCGUCACCGUAGGCAACUGCGACCCUAAUACAAAGCUAUGCAGAUUCGAGGCAUUAUAUGUAUACGAUUUGGAGCUAGGCACCAAUGGAACUUUAGAAAAGCCCCGCAUUGGAAAAGAUGGUGAGGUUGAAGAGUUCCUGCUCAUGGAUUGCGGAGAGAUCAUGACGAGAAUGAGGGCGGGUGAAUUUAAACCCAAUGUCUGUCUCGUGAUGAUAGAUUUCCUGAUCCGACAUGGAAAGAUUACGCCUGACAGUGAAGUGCAAUACGUGGAUCUAUGUACGCGGCUAAGGAGGAAGCUACCCAUGCCUUUGGUGCCUGAUUUUUUUGACGCUGUCAGAAGUGAGUCUCCGAAGCCUAGUCAGUUAUUGGGCGAUAGUGAUAUAAAUCCGAGCUGA